AUGUACGAAGACGACGACAACAACAACAACAACGAGCCUUUACCAAUACCUCGACGAUCUCUGGUGAAUCGAAUUGUAAAUCACUUUGGUUCGGACACUGAAGAUUCUCCAUUCGAAUCACGACCAUCACGAAUAGUUCUUAAUAAUUCUCAUAGUAGCGAUAGUGGUGUUGAUGAAUAUAUUCAGACACCUAUACAAUUAAUUGCUUUAUAUGAAAAAACAGUUGAAUUAGCUUCAAAAAAUAAAAUAAAUGCACAAAAUGCUUUUCAUUUUUCAUUUGUCGAUCGGUUACCUGAAAUAUUAGACAUUAUUGCAUUUGAUGACAAACUGGAUGUUUCUUCUGAUGAUUAUCACGAGCCGAAUUUUGUCAAAGCUGGAUCUGUUAUUGAUACAAGUGCAAAAAUUUAUGGAUACCGUGUUGAUGCUCUUUAUUCGGAAACUCAACAACUCAAUGGCACUAUGCAGCAAAAUGAUGACGAAGAAGAAGAAGAAUUGAGUGUUACAGAUUGUGAUCAAAUUGAAAUAAUAAAAAAGUCAAGGCAACGUUCCAGAUCACGAGCAAGUUCCUAUGUUGCUACGGAUUUAUCAACCAUUUCACUAGCCGAUGAAUUUGAAUUUCAUCCUCUCCAACCAUCAACUAUAUGUCGAUGGCCAGGCGGUGUUGGUUUGGAUUCUUCUUACUCAGAUAUGAUUUCAUAUACAAUGUAUUCAUCAAGUGAUUUUCCUCUUGUAAAUGGUUUUGUUAAUUUACAUCAUCAGAUUAAUAACGAAUAUGAAGAUAACGAAACGAUACUUGACAGAGCUGCGGAAGCGAUGCUUGAUUUAAUUCAAUUGAGAGACGUUAUUAACGAACACGAUGGACAAGAUCAUAUUCUUGGAUCCCAAGAAUUACGACGAUUUUCAUUCAAUGAAGAUGUAACAGAAUCUUACAUUGAAACCGUUGAUGAAUGUUCGAUUAUGAAUAGUUCGUUUAUGAAUACAAUAGAUAAUGCUGAAAUUAUAAAUGAUGACAUUUAUUUUGAUGAACUUAGUGAACCACGUGAUGAUCCAUUGACUUUUCAUUUUCAAGAAUUACAAUCAACUCAUACUGCUCCUACAACAAUGGUUUCAAUGGAUGUAACCUUAAUGCAUAGUAAAAUGUCAUUUGCUGAUAAUAUACCUCAGUUAAUUCGGGAUCAGGCUGAUCUGUCCGAGUAUAGCCUGUUCGAUUCUACGAAAUUAAAAUUAUUUGCUGGGCCGCAUCUAUGGAAAUUUACAAAUCUGCUACCGAAUACAAUGAACUCUAUUUCCAAACCGCAACAACAAGCAUCACAAACUAAUACUCGUCUUUCGUCAGCACGUCAUUUUAAAUUAGAUUUCUUAAAUAGAAAACAAAAUCAAUCGUUAGACGAUUUAAUGACUUCGAAUUCAUGGGCUAGAAAAUCAAUGAAAAGUCGAAAAAGAAAAAUUUUAUCAACAAUACUUUAUCAAAAUCGAAAUAAGUCUAACUUGCAUGAAAAAAAUCAGUAUCAAUUUAAACUUUCAAGAAAACUACGACCAACAAAGGAUUUAUUUUGUUUAAAUUAUUUUCCUGAUUAUAAUCUACAAUUUCUAUCGGAUGCAAAUGAAAAUUCUGCAAUGCAUGCCACUGACGACCACCAUAAUGAUGAUUUUGAUCCAAUGGAUUACGACAAUCCAUUAUCUGAACACAUUCAAUACGAUUUCAGUCGCCCGGUACAAUAUGAAAGAAUUGAAUACGAUCAAAAUUUUGCUAAAAUCGAUGCAAAAAAACUUCAAAUCGAAUUAUAUGAUGAAUAUAAUCGUCAAUGCACUCGUACAACAAAUCCUAUAUCAUUAUCAACAUUAUGCGUUAGACUUAUUGAUCAAGGAAUGAUAUCCUAUGAAAAAAAUCAAAUUGUAUCCGCAUUUUAUUGCAUGCUAAACAAUUGCAAUAAGAAUCAGCUGUACAUGAAACCAAAUUUACGAAAUGAUGAUCUUAUUAUACAGAAACAAUCGUUUGCUUCUUUUACAGAACUUAUUUAUUCACAAUCGGCAGUUUAG